AUGGCCGCGGCCCGGCGGGAGCGGGCGAGGAGGCCCUUCGGAGAGAUCGACCUCCGAAAUGCGCCCGAGAUUGCAUUCUUUCGGCUGCGCGGGCGCAUUCCACUGCGCGCCAUCCGAGCUCCGCGUCAGUCGACGCGCGCCCUUUUGGGGGUUAAGAUGUGUCCGUUGCGGGCGCUCACUAUGUGGUCGCAACCGCCUCCCGAACUCGAGUCGACCUUCCGCGCCCGUGCCGCUUCCGUAGGCGCGCACACCUGUGGAGGCUGUUUGAGCACGCGGGAUAUCGCGAGAAUGGUUCGUAAGCCGAGAGAGUUUGGCGUGUGUGUGGACCCCACCUCUACGCAGCCUCCUGGUCUCCGCGUCCGCGACGAACCCCAAUAUCAAAAUUUGGACGAACUUCGGAAGCGUCCCGAGUACGCUAAUUUAGACGAGAUUAGUCGCGAGUUUGGAUAUCGCAUGUGCCCUGAAGGACAGAACUUAGAGGAUGAAGCGAUCUAUGAAAAUAUACUAUCAGUGCGUCAGAUUCGUUCCGCGGAAGUGCGUUUAGUGCCGGUGUCUGAGGUGCCGUACUAUGAAGGCCAAGGUUACGUGGCGACGCAAAUUCUCAGCAGGAAUGGAACCUUCCCGCAAUGCCCGCCUCACACUUGGAGUCGGCUACAGCACGCCGGCAGGAUGACCGGCUCUUUGAGAUUAUUCACAGCAAAGCGGGAGAUGUACGAUGUCAAAAAACAAAGGUUAUGUCUAGCGCAAGAUGAAUACAAACAUCUCAACAAUGCCCUAUCAACUCUCGCUGCUUCUAGAACAAGCCUGUGUUCGUCGACAACAUCGGUGACGACGACAUCCACAACGUCCCGGCACGAUCCUGAACAACUUCGUGUCGAAGUGACUCAAGCCAGAGGCAGAGUCGCCCAGUUGAGGAAAGAGUUGAGGCAGGCGAGGGCUGAAGUAGCGUGUGCAAGACGUGGUGUUGACACCCUCGCUGAAGUGGAGCAAAAAUUAAGCUCUCAACAAGGAUGCUACAACAUUACUGAAGCCCAAGCAAUAAUGACUGAACUGAAAAAUGUUCAGAAAUCUCUCACUUCGGGAGAAAAGGAAAGGGCAGAUCUUAUGCAAUCGCUGGCAAAGUUAAAAGAUGAUUUGACAAGGCUGCAAUUAGCUGACGCUUCUCCAGAUUUAUCAACUUUGACCCUUCCCCAAGAAAAACUAAGCACUGCUUCUCAAACUGACCUCUGUGCUGAUUUAGUCCCAAUCGGCACAAGGUUAGCUGAAAUGGCGCGGGUUCGCCUACAAUACGAUGAAGCCAGAAAGCGGAUACAACAAAUUCAACAACAACUAGCCGAUCUCGAGGAUAAAGUCCAACCCGGACAAGCAGAAUCUGACAAGGAUAGACUACUCUUAUUCCAAGAAAAAGAGCAACUAUUACGAGAACUAAGAAGUAUUACUCCAAGAACGAGGUCUAAACAAGAAAUGAGUGAUAUCCAAUCCGAAUGUAAGAGAUUGGAGCAAGAUUUGAAAAAUGCUUUCGAAAUGUCCAAUAAAUGUAUAGCAGAUAGAUUGAGGCUACACGAAGAGAAGCAAUUGUUGCUGCAACAAUUGAAAGAUGCGCUAACAUCUAUGACGACGUUAGAAGGUCAAUUGAAAACGUUAUCAGCUUCAACUUUAUCAGUAUCGAGUAGUUCUAGUUUAGGGUCACUUUCCACAGCAAGCAGCAAAGGGUCGUUAAGUUCUGGAAUAAGCUUCACAGAUAUAUAUGGAGGGCCACAGAUAGCGAGUUCCUUCCAAGCGGAUAAACCUAUUGAUAUGGUCGAUCUUCAUAGACGAGUUGAAAGGUUGCUACGAGGAAGUAGUUUCCCUGACAGUGCAACACCAGGCGCCAGCAGUUCACCAUCACAACCGUCUCUAUCACCACGAAGCAGCUUAUCGUCAGCCAGUCCACCACCACCACCACCGUCCUAUAAUCAGGUGGAAAGACAAAGGCGACAGCAACGGGAAUUGGAAGAGAAACUAGCUGAGAUGAGGAUAGGUGUUGCCACUGGUCUGAAUGAGAUGACAGGCUUAUCUACUAUCCCAGUUCAACUCCAAGGCCCCGGCCGACCGUGCGAGCCGUUGUCCCCUAUAUCAGAGACACCCCCAAAGACAUCACCCCCCACCCCGCCCUCGCCGCGCACUCCCUCAUCUAGUGGUACAAACACUAGAUCAGUAUCGGCAGCAGUAAGCGAUGAGUCCGUGGCGGGUGACUCCGGUGUCUUCGAGGCGGCACAAACUGGCGAUACUUCUAAUGCCGUGAACAGUGCGCAAAUUGAAAUCAAAUUGCGCUACUGUUCCGACGAGAGCGCGCUCGAGAUCGGCAUACUCAGGGCGAGGAAUUUACACGCCUUAUACAUUGAUAUGGGGACUGAAGUAUCCGUACGAGGCGCGCUCGUCAUAGGCGGUGGUGGCGGCGUCGCUUUCAGCAGUCCAGCGCUGCCGUGGCGCGGCGUGACGCUUCUAUGGAGGAAAACGCAACGUGCUGCGUUAAGCGCUAAAGCGCUUAGAGCGGCUACAUUACAGAUCAACCUCUCUGCGGGCGCUGAAUGCCUGGGUUGUACUCAAGUAAGUUUGGCGGAUUUCGAUCCAGAUACCGUAUCCCAGAAGUGGUAUAAUGUGCUGAGUUUUAGAAGUAUGAGACGAGAUGAAAGUUCGGACGAGUCGACUGUUAUAUCCUCGCAAACGUCUACUCUCACUAGGAAUAGAGGUCCAGAGAGCAUGACUGGAGCGGACUGUAACGACUGCGAAAACUCAGCGUCCGAAGAUGAGGAAUCUAGGGAACCACUUAAUCAGAUAGUGGAAGAAGAUUCGUUCGAGGACUACAUUCCUGAAGACAUAGUGUUAGAAGAUGAGUACCUCCAUACAACCACCGCUGAAAAGGAGACCAACACUGAAUGUAACUUCUGUCCUGAAGGCAGGCAGCUGCACAGACGGAAAAGUCAACAAGUAAGCUCAAACCCAGAAGAGUCGCUCGCGACUAUAAAAAGAUCUCAGACAUUCUCGCCACAACCUCAGAGUAUCGGCAAAGGGCAAUACAUUUGCAGGCUAAAUCGUUCAGAAUCUGAUUCAUCAAUGGCACAGUACGCGCGCAGAGUGACGUUGCAGCCGCCGCCCGUCGGCAUCCCCUUCGAUAGAAGCGUUAGGGAGAGACGAUCUUUGAGAUGGGGUCGUGUACGAGGCGGUGCGGCUCGCAAAGUAACGUCUAGGUCUAAAUCAGCCAGAACUAGUCUAGACUUAUCCCUGGACUUGCACGCGCAACACUCUCGCCUCGCAGACUUGCGCCAGGAGAUCGCCCAUCUCACACAAUUGAAGAAACGCUUAGAAGAAGCAUGCUCCCGCGGCGACUCGACUUUAGCUGCAUGGGUAGCCGAAGACGAGACCCUCAGGCGACUGAUAGCAGCUCCCAUAGAAUCGAAGGACCGUGUUUCUAGAUUGUUCCAUCGGACUUGCAGAGAGAUAUAUCGCCUGAGGAAGUCUAGACAGGGUGGACGGAAACCUGAUUUGGUGACGUUCAAAGAAAAAAUGGCAUUCUUCACACGAACCAAACAAAUACCAGUUCUGCCAGAUGAGGAAGGUGAACUAUCAGACGAAUGGGAAGAGUUGGAAGAGAGAAGAACACCCGACGGAAGAUCUUCCAAAACUUCCUAUGAAAGACGAGAACAGAAUCAAGAGAACCAAGUAAUAGAAUGCAAGAAUCCAUGUAUACCGGAGCCGUGCUAUGAGAAUGAAAAUGAUGAUGUGAAGACUGAAGAAGUUAUGUAUGAUUUUGUUGUAGAUAGAGUAUUGGGUGUUCAGGUU